AUGAAGGCACUGAGUUCCACUGCUUUCGAUGGCAGUACUAGACCUGUAAAUGUUGAGUUGUGGUUAAUUCAGUUAGAGAAAUGUUUCCAGGCAGCUGGAUACCUGGAGGACCACAAGGUAAAGUUGGUAGUAUUUUUGCUACAGAAUCGAGUAGAGCAAUGGUGGAGAGUAAUGGACUCUCGAAGAAACAGAUUGGAAGAGAUGUCAUGGGAUAAGUUUAAACGAAUUUUUAAAGAUAAAUAUUAUCCAGUUUUAUACUGUGAGGCAAAAAUGAACGAGUUCCUGAAGCUCGUUCAAGGUAUUAUGACGGUUGCUGAGUAUGAGCAAAAUUAUACUGAGUUAUCCAGGUAUGCUUGUACUAUCAUAACUGAAGAGAAGAACAGAUGUAGAUCUUUUGAGAGUUUUUUUAGGAGGGCCAUACGGACUUCUGUUACUACUACAGCUAACUGGAUUCAUUUUCUUCAAUUAGUUGAGAUAGCUAUGCGAGUGGACGAGAGUUUGAUGGAGGACAGGUAG